CCUGAAGCCAUCUUCGCUCCUGGAUGCUCAUAUAGUAUCAUUCGAAACACUCUCUGCCGAGCUACGAAAACGUUGCUACUGAGAAAGCAAAUCACAAUGCAUUACUCACGAUUCCAUAAGCUUGCGCUCACCAGCCUCACUUUCGCAAGAUUGGCAAAGGCGUCCGGCCCAACAUCCAUCUUCAUAAACCAAGUCCCAGAGUACUCAUCGCUUUCUUCAUGUGCCGCAAAUGAAGUCAGCACGAUAGUGCGGAACAUGAAGGAUGGAUGCGGAGAUGGCUCUCGGACGACAUCUUUCGAUUGUUUCUGCUCAACCAGCUCGUCACACUUUGCAAGCCUAAUCGAUACUCGCGUACUAGAUGCGUGUUCUGGCGAAUCUGAAGCUGGACAAAACGGAAACGCCGUCGAUGUGUUUGGGAAGUACUGUGAGCUGUCAACAUUAACAAUGAAGUCGUCUUCGUCCGAUUCGCCGUCAACCACAACAUCGCCAUCAGUCACAUCUUCUACGCCCGUGCCAUCGUCACCGACAGCAUCGCCAGCAGCAGGUCUUUCCACAGCAUCAAUCACCUCCGCGCAAGCAGAAUCAACAUUCACAAACGCAUCAUCGUCCACCAACGCCCUAGCUUCUUCCACGGGCACUUCCCCUCAGCCCACCGAGAAACCACAAAAUGGCACAUCAGUCAUCACCAUAGCAGUAAGCGUAGUAGCCCCCAUCGUCGCAAUCUCUCUCGGGAUCCUAGCCUUCCUACUCUACCGCCGGCGAAACCCACCCCCAGCACAAGAAAAAGCAAGCCUCUCUGAACUCUCCACCGAAGGUCAGAUCAACGAGAUCAACGCCCAUAAGGAAGGGCGACAGUUCGACCAUAUAUACGCGAGUAGGACAGCUCCGGCUCCGGCUCCGGCUCCUGUCGAGAUUGCGGGCUUCGAGAGGGCGGAGAUGGGUGGGGGCGAGACGAGGGCAGAGCUUGCUUCGCCGACGGAGAAGUCGGGGGUUUCUUUGGAGGCGUAUCAAGAGUUCCAGGGCUUUCCUCGAAAUAGAGAUGGAGUUGCUCACUUGUAG